AUGCGCCAAGUGUUCGCGCAGCUGCCGUCGUACAACCCGUUCGUCGGGUCGUUCCACCACGCCCCAAGCGCGGGCAACCGCGGCGCGGCCUAUUUUGCAGGCGACAUUGUGUUUGCGCCCGAGCUCGAAAUGCGAAAGAAACUCCGCCAGAACCCGUUCGCAGGCACGUUUCACGCCCUCCCGGGGUACUACGACCCGCUCCAUGGCCUCAAGAACUUUCGCAAGACUCUCAAACAAACGACGGAGACAUACGUCGAAGUCGUCGACCUCGACGUACGCCACUCCGAGUCGUCGGUGUACUUGAUCACAAAGGCGAGGGCGGCACCACCUCACCGGGCUCGUUCUCGAAGCGAGUCGGACCUCUCUGCCAUCGUCAAGCAGGUUGCGAAACCCAAGACGACCUCGAAGCCAUCAGAUGAAAAGUUUACCGUUUGCUGCAUGACGAGGGAGCGGAACAUCGUGCGUUCGCUUGUGCUGUAA